AAGAAGUGCUACCUGUUCUUAAUCCUGAAUCUGUCCUCCCUCCAAUUCCUUCAGUAUACUGCUGCAAAUGCUCAGUAAGAGAUAAUGGCUUGUUUGUGUGUCACUGUUUACUCUUACAGCAGGGGAAUUCUGGUUAAACCCUGAAAUGCACAGGCGAAUCAAAGGAGAGAGGAGGUCUGAGGCCAAGGUUCCACAAGGCUUGGUCACCUUUAUGUCCACGAGACAUGUGAGAUCUUUCAAGGAUAGGCUGAUUCGAUCUCCGAGAACUACCUACUGUUUUAUCACCCUUCACAUUGAAUGUUCAAUUAUUUGAAACACGCAAUCCAACUCCCCACUCCAUUUGCUCUUGGCAUUAAACUCCGCGUUAUCGGGUUGGGGGGGGUGGGUUUCGAAGUACGUCUCCUAUGAUUGGUUGAAAUCUGAGAAGGGAACUUAUUUGAUUGGAAAGUCGAAGUAUUGGAGGCGGGGCUCAGGUGUACACUUUUCUUCUGGAAAAGGGCCAUGAACACAUGAGCUGAGUCUCAGAAUGGAUUCAACUGGAGGUGCGCUUUCAAGGGGACUUAAGAGUACGAAGGACAACUCUCCAGUAUUAAUUACAGGCGCAAAGGAAAUAAAUGACAACAAGCGUUAUAAAACUUCUUAAAAGUAAAACUAGUCUCAGUCUGGUUUUCAUCUAUCAUUCGAAUGAUUGCUUCAUUUUUACUUGAACUGCAGUACUCUCACUUGGAAACGAGAGGGAUGGGCAUGUAAAGUACGUGGACAUCUUAAUAGUCAAUUUUUGUUAGGAAGAAAAAGCUCUGAAAACAGCCAACAGACGGUGAGGAUUGGGACAAUGUGUACCGCAUACCUGCACUGACAGAACUGCGUGAUGGACCUCAGCGCCGCAAGACACAGCAAACUAAAGGUUUUCACUGUGCUGGAACUUGAAACGAGGUUGACACUGCAGGAACGGGUAGAGUCAACUGCAGGUGAAGAAACCACUGCUGGUUAACACGAGGAGCUCCGGUUUCAGUUAUCGGUGCGCUCAGUUUGCAAGUCCUCUGCCCGCGGCGCCGAGAACUGACAUAUCUACAGGUAAAAUGGAAAAACAUUACGCUGUCAUCCGUCUGGUCCCCGCCCAGGUCGACAGCAAAAGACCUGCUUAAAUUGCUCGACAGAAAACAUUAUUGGAGCCAGCAGGUUAAUUCUGAAUUCACUUUUUGGACAGCGUACACUAGAAAAGUCUGUGAGUGAGCCACCCUCCAAAAAGGACACAACCCUAACGCAUCUAAUCAUUAAUCUUUCUCCCCUCUUCAAACGACGUCUGUCACAUUCACUUGGAAAAAAAAGCUCGACCUUAUUUCACACCACACCUACUGUAUAGUCGGAAGAAUAACAAGUGUCGUACACUUGUUUUUGUGUUUCUUGUGUUUUUGUCGUGCAAAUUGUUUUUAACAAGGUUACUAUAAAACCGGGAAAGGAAUACAGUGUUUUAUUGAACUUCCACCACGAGUGUUUUUUUUUUGUCGUUUCCCAAAGGGCAGAGAUCGGGAGCAUGAUGAAGUUCCAAAAGACAGUGUAGAAGUUUUUAUAAUCUCACACCUGGUACUGUUUUGUGAAGAAAGGGAAGAGGGUUAAGGAGAGAUCUGUCUGGGCUCGUUCUCCGAUACAGUGAUGUGGCGUGCGACGAGGGAAGAAAAAAAGAAAUACAGUAUUUGAAGGAAAACGAUUAAACAGUAAUUAUAUCGCGAGGAGCGCUCUGAAGGCACGAAGCGCCCGGCGCAGUCUCUGAGAGAGAGCCCCUGGAAGAGCUCUCAAGCGCCAGGGCUUCUCUCCAAUCUUCAAGAACACCGCAAAAACGCUGUUUCCACCUUAAUUUGUUACGGCAUUAUUUAACAUCUUCAAGAAGGGAUGUCCUUGUUCAAACAAAAGAUUCCCAUACCUUGGGAUUUACAAUGGGGUGAUCCUAAAACUUUCCUGAAGUAGAGGUGCGCUUUAAAUCAAGCUGAAGUGCGCGCACACACUCUCUCAGAACUUCCAUCCUUGAAAAACCGUUUAUCAAUAUUCCCAGUCCUUUAAUUUGUUCUGUUUGUAGUCGAUAUGGUAUAAGCCCCAAGAUACAACUCGUGAGAUAUAACUCGUGCAUCGGGACUGUGCAUUUUAACCUCUCGUCUCCAAGGAGUAUGUCACCACUAGCGUGCAGGAGGCUGUCUCAAUGCGUGGCUCUGACCUUCCUCACUCUCCUGGGCUCCUCGAUGUGUUGGUCCUCCCAGCCCGUGCUCCUGGGCUCAGCCGGGGACGAAACUGUGCCUCCUGGCCGUGUCCGUCGCCAGCUGCGAUUUGGGAACGAGUGGAGCUCUUGGAGCGGCUGGUCAGCCUGCUCGCGCACCUGUGGGGGAGGGGCCUCUGUCCGAACCCGCACCUGCAUCACCAGGAACCCACUUGGGGGGCCGUGUCCUGGAGAGCCCAGGCAGUACAAACUCUGUAACUCCAAGGAGUGCUUGCCGGGGUCAGUGGAGUUUCGGGAACUCCAGUGUGCGGCAUUCAAUGACCGACCCCUAAUGGGCAGAGCUACAUACAGGUGGACAACUUUCCAUGGAGGUUCCAACCGCUGUGAGCUGAGCUGCCUGGCAGUAGGGCACAAUUUCUACUAUAACUUUGGGCGUGUUCUGGAUGGCACACCUUGCCACACAGAGCCAAAGGGAGUCUGCGUCAACGGGCAGUGUUUGGAGCCUGGCUGUGACCUGAUCUUGGGCUCAGCACAGAAGGAAGAUGCCUGUAUGGUGUGUGGUGGGCACAACACCACGUGCUUGCAUCAUCACAAUGUGUACCAGAGCCACAGCCAGGCUGCCGGUCCUUUUGGAUACAAUGAAGUUACUAUGAUUCCUGCAGGAGCCACACACAUCCGUGUGACUGACAACAGCAAGAACUACUUGGCUCUGCAGAACGGCCGCUCCCAGUUCAUAAUCAACGGAAACUGGAAGAUCAAUGUACCGGGGGAGUACAGCGUGGCAGGGACCAAGCUGGUGUACAAGCGCUCUGCAGACCUGUGGGAGAGCUUCGAGGCCCCAGGGCCCACACAGGAGGACCUGCACAUUAUGGUUCUGUUCACUGACAGGAAUUCUGGGAUAGAGUACGAGUACUGGCUGCCCCCUGACCAGUAUGCUCUGUAUCACGGAGGGAGGAGCCAGCUGCGCCAGCCACAUCAUGCUGCCAGCUUUACGCCUUGGCAACCACCAAUCACAACAACCACCACCCCAACAACCACCACCACCACCACCACCACCAGACCUCCUCACUUCGUCCCCUUAGGAACCAGGCCAGUGGGACACCCAUCAAAUCAACCCCAGGCCCGGCUGGAGAGAGAUGAGAACCAAAGCAACCUGCUGCCCCGGCCUCCUCGUGCCAGGCACUGUGGCAAGUGCAGGAGGGUCCGGGGCAGAGGAGAACGCCAAAGACAGUACUGCCAGAAGGACUUUGUGUUCCGUGCGAAGGUCAUGGGGAAGCAGUAUCGAGGCCAGGAGACACGCUAUGACGUGCAAAUCAUCCACACCUACCGCAACCGUUUCCGCCUGGAACAUCGGGAGUUCCUGUGGGUGCCUGAUGUCUGUGACUGCCCCCUGCUGGAGGAGGGCCGCCAGUAUGUGCUGAUGGCCCGGCGCCAUGUCAACUUCGAGCGGACGCUCAAUCGCAUCCUGCUGGAGCCCGACAGUUACGCUCAUGUCUACCAUCCCCGUGAGGACAGGCUACUGCGGCCCCUGGAGCAGCAGUGUAGUAACCGGCGCUCCAGACUGCCCGCCGAGCUGAAGAGCUAGACUCCGCAGACAUGCAGUCCAGGCAGAUCGGCCUCCACAUCCUGUCUGCACACACACUCCAGGGGAGCUGUACACACGACAUUCUGAUUGCAACAAACUUGGGAGACUAUAUGGCGUGUUCGUGCAGAAACAGUGGCAAGACUGAAAGGGCUCGGAGGACAGGGGGCCCCAAGAUCAUCAGAAAGCGUGUUGGGCAUGUUGGAACAUAGACAUGUGCAAUGUAGAAAUGGGAAUAGAGAACACAGCUGGCAACAUGUGAAGCCAAUAUAAUUCAGAGAACACAAAGACCCUAGGACAAGCAAACAGAAAUGAAUGGUCUCUAGAAGGAAGGAGACACCCUGUUUGCUAAGUUCAUUGCUAACACCUUCAAGGAGAACUCUUUCUGGAAACAACAGCCAUUUUACAAUUUCAGAUACCAAAGAUGGGAUGUUCAAGCUGCACACAGUAUUAUUUCACUUUGGGCAACAGUCCAAAAGCGAACACGUGGUGAAAUGUACUAUUGCACAGAAAGCCUACAUUUCUAGCCGUGAUUUUCUACGUAGAAACGUAAACAACCUACAACACACCUCAUGCUGUAGAUCCUCACAGUAUUUCAUGUACCGAUCUAGACUUCUACACCAGCACAUCAAUUUUUAUGUUUUCAAUGCAGUUGUUUUUAGCGCAAAAAUAUUGUCUGUCUUACCAGGGUUGCUUUCUGCUUCCCUAUCAUAACCCUAUAGAUUUAAGUACAGAGCAAUGCAUAGUGCUGACCAUAUUUAUGAAACCACAGAAUAUAAUGAAAUCACUUUAUAAAGUUUAUAAUGUUUUGAGUCACAUGCAUUUAUAUUUGUGCAUUGUUUUUAAAAUACUUUUUUAACCCAACAAAGUGUAUUUUAUUAUAAUUAUUACUGGUGAUGUUGUUAUUAUCCUUUGAGAAUAUAAUAUCACAUUUCA